AUGUGUUCGACUGCCGCACCUUUACCCUUCUACAACCUCCCUCUGUCUCCUGCACACCCCUCGUCGUGCAGACAGAGCUACUCUCAACAAACCUCAUACUCAGUCGCUCACUUCCAAAAGGACUCUAGGUUCGAUUUCGGGGCAGGAGCUUCUCUGCACCGGGGCGGGCUUCGCACGCCGCCAACCGACGCCAUGAGUGCUACUUACCAUACCCCUCACCUCAUCCCCUACGACAGCCAUGUUCAUUCCUCAUACCCUGCCUCUGUUGCUCAGGCACGGGGACCCACGGCUGUCAUGGCCGAGGCUGCGAGAGCCCCUCAAUACCCUCGAUACCCACAACCCGCCAACACAUAUUCCCAGUCCCAACAACCGGUAACGAAUCCGGCUUCGGGCACAAGCCAGUAUUCCACCACAUCUCGACACUCGACUCGCCCGUCAACGCCAACAUCAGGCGCCAUUGGCAAGCCAGACAGCACUUCGGCACGGAAGGGCUCUUCGGCGCUUGUUCUGCACAGCUUGUCGAUACCGAGUUGUAUCAAUCCCAAGGGUGGUAACCUGGCCGACUUCGCAGCACAGAUUACGUGCCUCUUCUGGUUCGAGUCUAUGGAUACCCUGCGAGUCGCCGAGAAUAUUCGUUCCCGUCCGUCAACCGCCACUAUACCUCGUCUCACCGAGUAUGCGACUCCCUUCCCUCAAUUUAAGAAGUGGGCCUACAGCGUGCUCUCGACGACCCAGGUCACGCAGAAUGUCAUCCUGCUGGCACUGCUAUUCGUAUAUCGAUUGAAGACGACAAAUCCCUCCGUCAAGGGUCGGUCAGGUAGCGAGUACCGUCUCUUGACGGUUGCUCUCAUGCUGGGAAACAAGUGCUCAGUCUUGGACGAUAACACCUACACUAAUAAGACCUGGGCUGAAGUCUCCGGCAUUACCGUUCAGGAGAUUCACGUUAUGGAGGUUGAGUUUCUUAGCAACAUGCGCUACAGCCUGCUAGCUACCAAGGCGGAAUGGGAGGAUUGGCUUGUUAAGCUGUCCUGCUUCUCGGAAUACUAUGAACGGGCCCAGAAGCAACCGACUUCGCCCUUGAACAAGUCUUUCACCUCGCCGGUCCCCUCGCCCACCGCGGCCGCGCAGCCCGUUGUCGCGUUCCCGCCUCUCACGCCUUCUACCACAAACGUCUAUUCGCCGAGCACCAAUGUACAGAGCAAUCAACAGGCCUGGCCCUCGACAUACCACAACCAGCAAGUGUCACCACUUUCUGGCAAGCACAUUCCGGUCAUGAAUAUGAACGGUCGGAAGCGAAGCUCGGAAGAGGAUGUGGCGGAACCCCCAGCGAAGCGACUUAGCAGGCAGCCCAGCGCGAUACCCUCUGCCGUCAGACCUGUGAUGGCCAGCGAGCAACCCAUGCGUCUCCCGGUACCUAACCUGACGCUGAACACCAACCCCGCACCAUCACAGACACAGAUGUAUCCGGCCACGACUACCUAUUCGACGCAGCAACACGUCUCGUUGCCGCCUUUGAGUAAUGGCGUUCGCGCCAUGGCGACAGUGUUCAACCCCGCCACAACCGUCUCGAUUCCCCAGCUCCCCAUGCCAGCCACGACCUCGAUGCCGCAAUCCUCGCUUACGCCCUCGAAUGUCCCGAUGCACCCCAACAUGGGAUACGGCACCCCGACGAAGAGACAUAGCCCAGGUAGCCUCUCUGUGUAUGCGUCAUCGCCCCUCGGCGAGCAAUUCCCGACAUCUGUCAUGCACACUCCCAUCUCGCACACGCCCAUGUCGCACUCGCCAAGUGUCUAUCUUCAACAACGACCCAGCCCGUAUAAGCCUAUUCGCCACGUCAACACGCUGCUCUAUCCUCCACCAUCGGCUUCUCUGAACGAAUACCAUUUGCCCACGACGCAGAUGCACUAUCAACCUCUAGGGCGACGCAAUGAUCUGCGAACCGGCGUGGUCCCUGAGUUCAUGCAUGCACCGUACAGGAUGAGCGCUCACAUACCGCAAAUGCCCCACGGUCUGCCACAAGGACCGUUCCCAAACUAG